AUGUCUGACAAUACCGGCAAUGCUUCCACUGGUCAGUCCUACCUUGACCAAGCCACUGGUCUCGCUCAGCGUGCCAUGGGUGCUGUGACCGGCGAUUCCUCCACUCAGGCCAAGGGUGAACUUAAGCGCGAGGAAGGCAAAGCUGAAAAUGAAGCUUCCCACACCACCGCCAAGUUGGGCCCCUUCACCGCCGACCCCAACACUGGAGCCGUUGCCAAAGAUGAUCCCAAGCGCGACACUGGAUCUUGGGACCAGACCAUCGGCUCUGCCAAGGAGUCCGUCGGCAACAUGAUCGGAAACGAGAACCUGCGCCGCACUGGAGCGGAGCAAAACGCCGCGGGUAAGGAGCAAGAGGCCAAGGGCCAACUCAAGGACUGGGGUGAGGGCAUUCAGAACCGCGCCCAGGGUACCCUUGGUUCCAUUGGUGCCGCUGUCACUGGUAACCGCACUGAGGAGGAGAAGUACCGUGAUAUCCAUGAUGAGGGCAAGGUCCGCCAGCGGGGUGCUGAGGCCGACAUGGCCAAGAAGGGCGGUGUUUAA